AUGCGGACAAAUAACGAUGAAUUUGAACAAUGGGCGCCAUUACUAUUUCUUAAAGCUGAUGAUGAGAAUCAAAAAAAUUCCAAACUUACAGAAUAUCAAGGAUUAGUCGCUCAGAGACCGUAUGCUUUGAUCAUUCUAAAUCAACCAAUAUCUAGUGGGAUGUUGGAUUUGGUGUGGAAUAAUGCUAAAUUAAGGAUAUGUGCGGAUGGAGGCGCGAAUCGAUUGUACGAUGCUGUUAAGGGAACUAAAAAUGAGAACAGGUAUAUCCCUGCUUAUAUAUGCGGAGAUCUAGAUUCUUUGCGUUGUGAAGUGAAAGAAUUUUAUGAGUCAAAAGGAACAAAAAUCAGAGCACUUCCACAAGAUCAAGAUACAACUGAUUUCCAAAAAUGCAUCGCUUUAUUGUCGUCUCUCGAAAAACAAGGAGGAUCGGCAGAGAAUCAAGAUAUAAUAGGGUAUGGCGCAUUAGGCGGAAGAUUUGAUCAUGCAAUGGCCAGUAUCCAUGUUUUACAUCAACAUGCCAAAGAGAAGAAACAACAACAAAGAAUCUAUUUAUUGACCGAUUAUGAUGUGACAAUGUUACUUGACGAAGGCAAACAUACUAUUUUUUGUGAUCCUUCGAUUUUAGGACCUAAUUGUGGUAUACUACCCAUUGGAAUAUCGCAGGCUGUGAUCACUACGACCGGGUUAAAAUGGGAUCUGACUAAAGCAACCACUUCAUUUGGUGACAUGAUAAGUACAUCAAAUCAAUUCAAGGACGAAAUGGUUACCAUAGAAACAGAUUCUCCCGUCGUUUGGACUGUAGAAUUAAAAAGCCAUGAUAAAUAG